AUGAGAGUAAUACUGGUGACACUCGCGCUGCUGCUGUUGGUAGUUCUUAACGAAGGCUUGAGCUUGACGCCUGCCAAGAUACCAACGAAGCUCAUUCUUAAAAAGCCAGAAGUGACCAAAAGUUGUCCACGAAAUCCAAAGCUCGAAGCCAUGAGAAAAGCUCUGGGUCUGGCGACUAAACGGAGGAGCGGCCGGGGAAAGAGAUCGGUAAGCAAGUAUCUCGUUUUUGAUAAACUUAAACUUACACGAAAAUACAUCGCUUAACAUUGCGUUUUGCCAAGUACCAAAAAAUUUAGGUCAGCGAUUAAAAAACCUUAACUGCUAUGUCACCCGUUCCGCACGUUGUAACUAAUAAUCUGUUGGCGUUGUAAUGCCAUUGUAUGCAAUAAAGUAUUGGGUUGUAACUGCAUGAAGACAAAACCAUGCACAAGCAUUGGACAAAAGCUUUAGUUAUAAAUGUAAUCACCCUAAAAGGGAAGUUGGCGAGCCGAGGUGGGGAGACUACGAGAAAAAAGGUCGUUAACUUUGACGGUUAGGGCUAUGGUUAGGAUAAGCGUUUGGAUUAGGGUUAUUGUGAUUGUAUAGACCAUUACAACCCAGUACUUUAUUACGUACAAUUGCGUACAAUGGCAUUACAACGCCAAUAGAUUAUUGGUUACAACGUGCGGAACGGCUGGCUAUGUCUGGGUCGGUGAGUCUUGCCUCCUUAGAGUUUGAUUGUAGUACGAUAUAAAUAUUUAUUUACUUAUUUAAUUUAAUCUAUUGGACGAUGCCCAAGCUGUGAGAGUGUGUCUGACGGGACUCGGCAAAGUUCGAUGCGAGAAACUCCCCAAAUUCAAACUAUGAACAUACUAAAAUAUACCGCAGUGCUUAAAAUAUAUACUAUAAUAAUGACCUCAUGCGCAAAAACAUAUGCCAAUUGCGUGAGCUCCACAAAUUCUCAAACCGUAAACAAAUGCUCGACUAAGAGUUUGGUUGUCUUUUAUCUUUUUAAGUUACCAAACCUAAACCGUACCACUUCAGCAGUCAUAAUUGAGCAGCAUUUUUUUUUUCUGACAAGAUUAAUAGUUACUAUAUAAGUGGACGAGGUAUUUAAUAUGUUUUAAUAAAUUUAGAAGGAUACAAUUAGGCAUUUAGGGGAUUGCAGUCGCACCUACUUUGUGUGAAAAUCGGAAAAUUUGCUUUUACGUGUGUUAAUAAAUCAUGCUCAUAAAAUAAAUCAUGCUUAUAAAAUAUAACGAGUAAUAUUUCAAUGUUUAUACAAAUCGGUCGUUUGAUCAGAUUGAGAGACACUGGACGCACGAUUGAAUUGAAAUUAUAGUUUUUAUUGAAACUAGAAAGUAAUUAUGGAAAUUUCUGCAAUGCAACCUGCUGUGGUCUGCAGAAAGGUUGCUUAGCAACUGCACCAUGCCCAGACUUUGUGUAUAUAGGUAUUGCCAUGGAGCGAACACACGACGCCGGUCUUGUUAUGCCUCGUAUCCAGGCGCCAUAUCGCUUGAGUGGCCUUUGCGUGGAUUCAUUCGAUCCGCGCGCGCUAGCUUGAUGACGUGGACACAACUCAAACUCAUAUAUUCAACAAUGAGCUCUAUAUAUUCAACAGUGAGCUCUAAAAGUGACGCCAAGACUUUGGACCACUUUUGGACUCCAGUUCUCGCUCUAGAUAUAUAAGGAGCUCAGUGAUCUUCAAUGACACUUGUUAUGAAGUGUGCAAUGCAAUCCAAUGGUCAUGAAUUUAUGAUGAUGAGCAGAACUAAAUAAACUAAAUAGCUUAACUUUGUUUAUACUACUAGAUAGCUAGCUUUCAGUAUAUCAGUCCUAACAUCGGUGACAGAGGCCCAUUGUUCUACUUACACCAUUCAUGCAUGAUUUUAUGUUUUAAAAAAUACUUCACAGAGAUGGGUUUCUACCGUUUUUGUCACCGAGUUUCCUGUAUAUAUAUAGGGCUAACCAGGGAGUAUGCCAAUUGACGUUUCCCAAGAUGUCAAACAUUAAAACAAUCGACAAAAUACCGUUAACACAAUAAGUGUUAUUUUCCGCUGACUGAGGCACGAAAGAAGCGGAAAAAGUUUUCUCACACACUGCUGGGGGCCUGACGAAAUCAGGGUGUUACAGGGACAACCAGGUUAUAUGACCAUGAUAUUUUUGUUGUUGCUCAACCUAGCUUGACAGGAGUAUCCCACCCACCUAACCAUUUUAUUUUAUUAAUAGAAAUUAAGUGGAACUGAACAGCUUUAGUUUAGGUAUAUGUACUUGUUAUAGUAAAUACUUAGCGAGCAAUUGUAAGGUAAAUUAAUAAAUGUCAAGCUUGCGGCUGACGCUGCAGCGGCUCCCAGCGGUGUGUGAGAAAUAACAUAUAUACCAAAACGAAGUCUAUAAUAAGGUUAGCAGCAUACGUGUAUAAGAACUUCCAACAAUGCGUCGCUCGUGAUACUUUAACUGAUUCUCAACCAUAUUUCAACACAGUUCGUUAAAUGUACUUACACAAAACCGCGCGAAAAUAUAAUAACUGCAUGAAUAAUUUUAAAUUUUUGCUUUUUCUUUCAAAACAGAUUUCCAGCUUCCCUAUAAGCUGCUUACAUGUAGCAAUAGUGGAGUUUGAGGACGGACUGCAGUACCUGCAGCCUCUCUACGACUGCUGUGAUGAAUGCUACUUCCCCGACUACGCGAGCUGUAUUUGGAACGGCAAUCCCUCCUGGCUUUGCGCAAGCCGCGCGUACAAAUGCAUCUGUGAUUGUCGCGAAGCACAGUUGGUAGAACACGAAGACGUUACCUUAAAGAAAUCCUCGUUUAAAGUAAGAUCGGAGAAGAAAGUUUUAACAAGUGCGAGUGUUUGUAAGAAGAAAUCGUGCAGUUAUGGUGAUAAAGGUUGCUGUGUCGAGGAUCAGUGUAUUAAGUUGUAUGUCCACAAAACGAAGUCGCCUGUUCGACAAAAAUGA